CCCAGAGGAAAAAAGUUGUUUACGUAGAAUCUUGGUUAGCCAAUCACGGCUUACGUUCUUCAGUAAUCAAGGAGAAGUUUUCAAGAUGGGGCUGGAAAGUACUAUGGUCUGUGUGGAUAACAGUGAAUACAUGAGGAAUGGAGACUUUCUGCCUACGAGACUACAAGCACAACAGGAUGCGGUCAACAUUGUGUGCCACUCCAAGACCCGCAGCAACCCAGAGAAUAACGUGGGACUCAUCACAAUGGCCAACAAUUGUGAAGUGCUGACCACUCUCACCCCAGACACGGGCCGCAUCCUCUCCAAGCUGCACGCCGUCCAGCCCAGAGGCAACAUCUGCUUUAGCACUGGCAUCAGAGUUGCCCAUCUGGCCCUGAAACACAGACAGGGGAAGAACCACAAGAUGAGGAUCAUCGCCUUCGUGGGCAGCCCCAUCGAGGACUCUGAAAAAGAUCUUAUCAAACUGGCGAAGCGUCUGAAGAAGGAGAAGGUGAAUGUGGAUGUGGUGAAUUUUGGUGAGGAGGAGGUGAACACGGAGAAGCUGACAGCGUUUGUCAACACCCUGAAUGGCAAGGAGGGCACGGGCUCGCACCUGGUGACGGUGCCCCCGGGCCCUAGCCUGGCCGACGCCCUGCUCUCCUCCCCCAUCCUGGCCGGCGAGGGGGGCACCAUGAUGGGCCUGGGCGCCAGCGACUUCGAGUUCGGCGUCGACCCUAGCGCAGACCCCGAGCUAGCCCUGGCCCUGCGUGUGUCCAUGGAGGAGCAGAGGCAGCGGCAGGAGGAGGAGGCUCGCAGGGUGACGGCGGUGUCCGCAGCAGAGGCCGGCAUGCCCAGCUCCACCCCCGCCGCAGACGAGUCGGAGGAUGCGUUGCUGAAGAUGUCGCAGCCUGAGUCAGGUGUGGCUGCAAUGCCAGACUUCAACAGCAUGACUGAGGAGGAGCAGAUUGCCUACGCCAUGCAGAUGAGUCUAGCCGGGGGAGUGGAGUUUGGAGAGUCGGCGAUGGACACAAGUGCUCCAAUGGACACCACGGAGGCCACUAAGGAGGAGGAGGACUAUGACGUGAUGCAGGACCCCGAGUUCCUCCAGAGCGUGCUGGAGAGCCUGCCCGGUGUGGAUCCCAACAACGAGGCCAUCCGCAAUGCCAUGGGCUCCCUGUCCUCGCAGACCGGCCCCAAACCGCCAGAGGGCAAGAAGGACGAGAAGAAGAAAUGAGACACUCACUCACUCUCACACUUUCACUCACGUGCGUGCACACACACACACACACACACACACACACACACACACACACACACACACACACACACACACACAGGGCUGACGUAAUGGAGGAAUAAAGCAGUUGACUCACAGACUGAGAUGCCAGACGGGACGGGACGGAAUGGAAUGGGAGGAGACGAGGCGAGAUGGGUGAAAAGAAGUGUGUGUAUGCAGACUACACCACCACUCCCCUCAACUGAAUGCAGCAAUGGACAGAUCAGUAUCAAUAAAUAGACUUACAGACGGAUGGACAAGAAACUACAUUUAAAAAGGACUUAUGGGGGGUGUGACUGUGUGGUAACAUAGCAUAAUAAAUGCAUAAUAAAAAAAAGUUUUAAUAUAAAAAAAAAUAAAAAUUUUCAUUCUUCCUUUUUUCUCUCUUGCUACAAAACUGAUGCAUUUGAUAUGCCUGAAAUGUAGUGUAGGCCCAAACUGUUCGCUUUUUUUUUCUUUCCUUUUACAAAUAAAGUGGUGAUGGACAGAAGUUU